AUGUUUGGGUGGGGGUGUAACGGGGGGAUAUUUGUUGGCAACCCCCAGUACUUUUCCGCUCCCCUCUACAUUCCUGCUGGUGGUCAGCUCCUGUUCCUCACUGUCAACAAACAGCCAGACAUAUCAGGCAGAAAUGUGGGGGGCAGUCCGUGGGAGCCAUGUUGGUGGCAGAGGGAGAAAGUGGACAACAACAAGCUCAGUGGAAAAUUCCGCUCUCUGCAGGCUGACCGGGAGCUGAUGGCUCAUUACGCAGAAGAGGGGUCACUUCAGAUAGAGAGACCUCUUCAAAAAGCCAAAGCCUCACCUCACUGA